AUGUAUCUGGUAUGGCGUGCAACAGAGGUGGACCCAUACCCUGACCAAUCAGAACGACGGGAUCGGGAUGCGGGCGAAAUCGCGUCGAAAGUCCAAUCGCGGGCAGUUGAUGGAAGUCGCGACGGAAGAGAGACGUUUGUUGCCUUGUUGGGCAGUUUGACGCGAAGAGCCUCAUCGCGCGAUAAUUUUAACUCUUCGCGGGAUCGCGAUCAUCCGUGCAUUGAAAUUGUGGUUUGGAAGCGUGUGUUUUUGCAUGGCAGCCUAAAGGUUCGCUGGGCCGAGGACGCGUCUGGUAGCACAGGGAAACUCGAGAUUUGA